AUGUCUGAGCUCAGAUUCACUUCACGGGAUGGCCUCUCCUUUAACCUGCGACUGCCAGAAGGGCUGGCCGACCAGAUAGCAGACAGCAGUGCCGACAGCUCGCCCUACAAACCCUCCUUCCAACAGAUGGAACGAGUAUACCCACCCCUCCCGCCACUCCCUCCACCAUCCGCCCGUCGAUUCGGCAACCCAACACCAGUAGGACUUGGCGGCUUCCUUCUCGCAAAUAGUCCGGCCACCAUCAUGCUACUUGGCUGGCAUGGCGCAGGCGGCGGUACUGGGAACGAGAGCGCGGCAAUCGGCACGUUCUUCUAUCUUGGCUGCUUACUGGAGAUACUAUGCGGGAUCGGCGAAUGGAUCAACGGCGAGACGUUCAAUGCGGCAGUCUUCUUGAUCCUGGGCGGAUACUUUGGUGCCGCGGGAGCGGUGCUGGUACCGUUCUACAAUGCCAUUGGAGGAUAUGGAAAUGAUGCAGCUGCCGAUGCAGCAUACCAUGAGUCGUAUGCUAUGCUACUCAUCUUCAUGACUAUUCUGCUGCUAUUUUUUACAAUUGCUUCGAUCAGACUGGAUGUGUGCCAUGUCGUACUUUUUGCAUGUUUUACUCUUUGCUUCCCCUGCUUAGCGGCGUCCUGCUUCUACAUUGCGGAUGGCAAUGCGGACGCUGCGAAGGCGGCUCGGUUGUGGGGUGCCUCGUUCUCAGCCAUUGGGACGGUCAUAUUAUGGUAUUUGGUCAGUGGUCGCAGCAGUUCCGAUGGGUUUGAGAGUGAUGCUGACCCGUGA